UAAGCCGAAACAGAUACUUCUGAUCAAAGCACCUUCCAAAAGUUUGCUGAAUUAGAAUCAGAAUCUUCAGAGACUCAGAUAACAUGGCAAUUGGUUUCAUGCAGGUGCAUCUUGUCAAAGCAAAGGGUCUGCAUAACUCUGAUAUCAUAGGUGAAAUGGACCCCUAUGUUCUGAUACAAUACAAAGACCAAGAACAAAGGAGCAGUGUUGCCAUUGGUCAGGGCAAAAAUCCAGUAUGGAAUGAGAAAUUCAUGUUCAAAGUAGAAUACCCUUUAUCAAAUCAUCAACACAAGAUCAUCUUCAAAAUCAUGGACCAAGACUUAUACACAGAUGACUUUGUUGGAGAAUCCAUAAUCCAUGUAGGAGAUUUAUUGGCUCAAGGAGUGGACGAUAGAGAAGCUAAACUACAGACUCUCAAAUAUAGAGUGGUUCGUGCAAACAAAUCUUACUGUGGUGAAAUUGAUGUUGGUGUUACUUUCACCCUACAGGUGGCAGACGAUUAUGCAGAACGUGACCACUAUCUACCACAGAUUACCAAGGAUAUAGGAUGUAAAAAAUCUAAGUAGAUGUUUUGGAUUGUAGUUGCACUGUGUAAUAGAUUCAAUCAUUUAUUUUCCAUUGCACAUUAUAUUUCAUUUUUUAAUUCUUUUAGCAAGAUACAUUUAAUAAAUUGUUGUUC